GACAUUCCUGACCCUCUUGCAUUUUCGGUGAGUCAUUGGUCAGAAGAUCCGUUUGUUGGCAUGGCGUACAGCUUUAUAAAAGUCGGCGCAAACGGCGAAGACUACGAUUUAAUGGCCCAGGAUAUCGACGGAAGAAUAUUUUUCGCCGGCGAGGUUGGUAUUUUAGUAAUCUAA